AUGGAAGAGGAGAAUGAAAGAGAGCAUCAUAAAAAUCUAGAUGAGGUGGAUAUGACUCGCCUUUUAUCACGCGGUGCCACCCCUGGUGCGACCUUCGGUCAUAGUGCAAAUCUGGAUAAGAUCACUGUUUGGAUUGCCAUGGAGUUGAUUCGGCUGUCAUUUUCCGCACCCAAUGAGGAA